GCCAAUUACUUUCCGACCCACAGUUAGUUCCCGGGGAUUCUGACAGUCACCCGCAUGUAACAGACUCUAUCACAGCCUGCAGUCUUCUGUAAAGAACGAUUUGGGAAGUGCUUUUCACAUUUUUUUUUAAAAAACAGGGAGCUAAAGGAACACGUUUCAUUGGAGGUUUGCAAAAAGUUUGUGUGUGUGCUUUUCCUGCUCAAGAACGCAUUGGGAUUUCAUGAAAAGGACCUUUUUAUAUAAAAAAAAUACUGAACAGCUGCUAUUUGGAGUUCACCCAGUGGGAAAGAUGCAGUGCAGUCGCUUCUGGAUUUGUAUGUCAGUCCUGGUGGUCUGGGGCAGCUUUGUGGUCCCCAGUGAGUCUCAAAGGAGUUUUAACAGCAGGUCUCCAGCUCUGAACGCCAACCUGACAGCGGGCACAGCAAGGUGGGGAAGCGGGACCGCAGCCCGGCUCAAUCCCCUCUCACUGCGGCCAAGCGAUGCUGCUUCCCCCCGGAGUGCCUCCGCUAGGAUCCGUCGCCCCAUCACGUCCCGGAUUAGCGCCGUGUCGUCCCGGGAGAGCGCUCGGAUACAGUACGGGGCGGCCCGGAGCCCGGUGUGGAACGGCCGGGGAGCAACUUCAAGCCAGGAGCAGGAGCCCGCUGCAGGCAAGGGCUCACCUGGACGGACCGCAUUCUCUCCGGGAUCCCUGAGAAGCAGGAUCACGGCGAGUGGGUCCCAGCUGAGGAACCGGCAACUGAACAGACAGAGCCCGGGAAAGCGAACACCUCCCAGGAGGCUGAUAGGAGCUAAUGUUUGUGGAAGACAGUGCUGUUCUGGAUGGACUGUGAGCCCUGGUACAAACAGAUGUAUAAAACGUAAGUAUUACAAUAAAAAAUGGAAAUUUCUUGUUACCUUGGCUGUUUUCAUUGAAAUAAUGAGUGGGAAAAUAAUACAGUGUUCGGGAAUCAAAGACAUCAGUUUAAGAUGUGUCCAGUUCAGGUCGCCACACUACCAGAAAGAUGUGGAAGCUUUAGAAAGGUAA